UCUUUGUAAGUAACUAAGUAUAGUAUAAAAUCAUAUCAAAGAAUACAUUGAUCAAGCAUUAAGAGUCAACAACAAAACCCACAAAAGUAAGAUUUGAAACUAAACCUCAUUGUAUGAAUACAGGAUCAUAAAAUGCACUGAUGAAAGUAUUAUACCUCAUUGUGUAGUAGAGUACUCCUGUUUACAACUUACGAGUUUGCUCACCAAGGUUGUUGGACAGUCGAACAACCUGGAGAUACCAUUGCGACUUACCCUGAUAACAUAUUGUUCCGUUUAACUAAUCACAAUUUUUUUAAGAAAAACCAAUACUGAAGAGAAAGAAAUUUUACACUCAUAUCUACAAGGAAAGAUAUACUUUGUAUGUAAGAUUAGAUUAACAUAAGUACAUAACUCACCAAUCUCGGAGAUUAACAAAACAACUUAUUGCCAAUCUCGGAGAGUAACUAAGACUUUUGAGGGAGAGGAAAAGGGUUUAUAUAAAAAAAAAUGUGUGAUUACCGUUAAUAACUUUGAAGAAAUUUCCCUCCAUUUUCCCGCCCAAAUCUCUCUAUGAAUCAUUUGCCAUCUUCAUAUUUCUUUAGAACCCUAAAAAUUCACCCACAUUCUAAAAUUCAUGCAGUGGUUGCAAAGAAACCGAUUCGUCUGCUAUACCCAGAUUUCAAUACUACCCAACUCUUUUGCCUAUUUCUCAUCAUCACAUAAUCAUUCAAUUAAAGAUCAUAAAAAUUACCAUGAUCAUUAUCUUUCUCCUCUGAAAAACUUCCCUUCGUCGCGAUUUGUUACCCAGCAAAUCCACUCUCAAUUAACAACCAAUGGCUCAUUCAGUCAAUUCCCAAAUACCCAGAUCAUAAUUCUGUUCAACACCAUUUUGAGACGUUACGCCUUAGGUGAAUUUCCGCAGGAAGCUCUGUUUCUGUACAAACAAGCACAACAAUCAAGUACAUUGUAUCAGUACUUUGAUAGUUUUACGUACUCGUUUCUCAUCAAAGCAUGUGGCAAUUUGAAGCAACAAAUUACGGGUUUUCAACUCCAUUCCCUUGUUGUGCAAUUGGGUUUUGAGUUGGAUGUUUAUGUGCAGACUGCAUUGCUGAACAUGUACAUAGAUUUUGGUUUGUUGAGUAAUGCAGAUAAGAUGUUUGAUGAAAUGCCUGAAAGAAAUUUGGUUACUUGGAAUGUGAUGAUCACUGGGUUGGUUAAAUGGGGUCACCUUGAGGCUGCUCUUGCUUUGUUUAGGCAAAUGCCUAGUAAGAAUGUUGUUUCUUGGACUGGUAUGAUUGAUGGGUUUACGCGAAUGAAGAAUUAUCUUGGAGCUUUUUCGUUGUUUCGGGAAAUGAUAAUGGUUGGAGGCAUUAUGCCUACUGAAGUUACAUUGUUGGCCGUUUCUACUGCUAUUGCUGAACUUGGGGAUCUAAAGAAUUGUCGAUUAUUUCACUCCUUCAGCGAAAAAAGUGGUUUCAGAGAAAAUUAUAAUCAGGUCACAAACUGUCUUAUUGAUGCUUAUGCCAAAUGUGGGUGCAUUGAAAGUGCAUUGAGGGUAUUCGAGGAGAUGUUUGCGUGUAGAAGAAAUGUCGUGUCUUGGACAUCGAUUAUAUCUGGGUUUGCUAUGCAUGGCAUGGCAAUAGAAGCUGAACAAUUCCUAGAAAGAAUGGAGGGUUCAGGGAUCAGACCAAACCGAAUUACUUUCUUGAGUGUUCUUAAUGCUUACAGUCAUAGUGGAUUGGUAGAAGAGGGGAUCCGGUUCUUCAGAAAAAUGGUUGAUCAUGGCUGUGUUGCAGCAGACAUAAAGCAUUAUGGGUGUGUGAUUGAUAUGUUGGGACGAGCAGGCAAGCUAAAAGAAGCAGAAGAAAUUGCCUGGCAGAUUCCUAAUGACAUUGAUGAUGUUGUGAUUUGGCGUACUCUUUUAGGUGCAUGCAACUUUCAUGGUGAUGUUGAGAUAGCUGAGCGUGUAUCAAAGAAGAUGCAGGAUAUGGAAAGAGAACAUGGAGGAGACUACGUUUUGAUGUCAAACAUAUUGACAGGUCAGGGAAAGUUCAAUGAAGCUCAGAAUGUAAGGACACUGAUGGAUAAAAGGCAGGUUCUAAAAAUUGCAGGCCAUAGUUCAGUCUGAGCUUACAACUGCAGCACAAUAAACCAGGCAGCAGAGCACAGACUAGCGAAAUUUCCUUUUACAGUAUCAUUUCAUAUGAGGAGAUAACAAUGGCACACUGCUGCAGCACGUUGCCUAGCAGGGUCUGUAAUUUUUGUACUCGCCUUUGGAUUUCCUUCAAAUCGAAUAAAACAAUGACCCAGCCCUUUUAUUUCA